AUGACGGCGAUCGAGGACAUCCUGCAGAGCCUCCACGAUGUCACCGCUAGGAACCACGUCACGAUAUCCAACGUGACGUUGGCCAUGGCUGGAGUUGUCGUCGACUUCACCGGCCCUCGACGGCUGACCCGAAGUGUCUUCAAAGCACUGCAGAAGGCCCUCAAUGCGACAGAUCCCGAAUUCGGGUCAGCCAAGGAAAGCACAUGGUUCAUUAUGAGGCCAAAGCUGGUUGCCGAUGUCUUGGUACUACCUGGUUUCGCUUUCGCGUCGUCGAUGAACACUCACGAGAAGACCGACGUAGUGGGACCACAGUUGGUCACGCAUCACUAUGUUGGCUCUUGGAAAAAUGACCACGGUGGCGAGCGUGUCUGA